AUGGAGCACAAAUCGGCAGCAUUGAGCUCCGACUGGGAGGACAAGGCGAAUUACUCGAUUGACCCUAGCAGAAACGAAGUCAAUUAUAAUGCUCGUCCUACCGAUGUGGAAGUCGCUCUCGGAGAAGAAGAAGUCGCUCAUCGUAAUCCGAUCUUCCGAAAGCUUGGUGGACUAUUCAAUAAGGGUGUGGAAGCGAGAGGCAUAGAGAGGGUUCCUGAAGAUGAGAGGGAUGGGAAACAUACCAUUGGGUUGUUGCUUUUAUGGUGGUCUGUGAAUAUGGUAGUCUCAACGAUCCCGAUAGGUUUGUUGGCUCAAGCUUACUACACUCUCACCUUCCACUCCGCCGUUGCUGCUAUCGUCACGUUCACUGCCCUUGGUGCUGCUUGUACUGCAUUCAUCGCAACUCUCGGUCCCAAAACAGGUCUCCGUACAAUGGUCAUUACUAGAUAUUCUGUUGGAUAUGUUGGCGCUACGAUCUUCUCGUUCCUCAAUAUUCUUACUCAACUUGGAUUCAGUGUCACCGCGGUUAUCUUAGGUGGACAGACUUUGACCAAUGUGUCUGAUGGAAAAUUGCCUUUGGAAGCAUCGAUUGUCAUUGUCGGUGUUUUAGCACUCGUGCUGUGCUUUGUUGGAUAUGAAGCGAUGCAUUAUUGGGAACGAUACGCCUGGAUCCUGUUGUUUAUUUUCUACUGCUGUAUGUGGGGAUUAGCUGGUCACAAAGGUUUCGAUAUGGGUGCUCAGCAGGCAUCGCAGGAUACCGGAAAGGCUUAUGCUGGGGACUUCUUAUCUUUCGGUGGAAUUGUCUUCUCUUCUGCGUCUGGCUGGGCUCCGAUAGCUGCGGACUUCAACUGUCGACUUCCAUCAGAUAUCAAGCCAUGGAAAGUAUUCCUUUUGACGUGGUUCGGAUUGAUGGUCCCACUCUUGUUCGUUGAAACACUCAGCGCGGCUUUAAUGACCGUUCCCUACUACGCUGAAGCCUUUGAAGCUGGUGAUGCUGGAGGAGUGCUCAGCGCGGUCUUUGAGCCUUGGGGCGGUGGCGGCAAGUUCAUCCUUGUCAUCUUCUCUUUCAGCAUCAUAUCGAACUGUAUUCCCAAUACAUAUUCCGCUGCUCUAUCCUGUCAAACCUUAUUACCUGCAUUUCAGAAGAUACCCAGAGCUCUUUGGACUAUCUUGGUCUUCGUUAUCUACACUGUCGCGGCUGUUGCUGGACGAGAACACUUCUCUGCGAUCCUAUCGAACUUCUUGGCUAUUUUAGGAUACUGGAUAGCUUUCUUCGUGAUUGUCGUUUUGGAAGAACAUUACAUCUUCAGGUACUGGUUCCAUAAACAGGGCGAGAACUCUUCUGGUCCUGCUAGGGGUUAUGACUUGACUGCAUAUGAUGAUUGGAGACGGUUACCUAUUGGAGCUGCUGGUAUUUUUGCAUGCUGUUGUGGAGUCGGGAUGGCGGUAGUUGGUAUGGCUCAAGUUUGGUAUAUCGGUCCUAUCGGAGCAUUGUUUGGAGAAUAUGGAGGUGAUUUAGGUUUUGAAUUGAGUGCUGCUGCAACCGCUAUCGUUUACCCUCCCUUGAGAUAUUUGGAAUAUCGUUUGGUUGGAAGAUAA